AUGGAUGACAGUGGGAGCGGGUGGCCCGUCAGCCUGCUGCCAUCCUGUGGGCCGGCUGGUUCUUCGUGCGUGGGCACGGACAACGCCAGCGCGGGCACGGACAACGUGUACGAGGUGGCCGUGCAGCAGAACGUCUCGUCCAAGCACAGCUCCCAGUUUGUCGGGGUGGAGCUGCUGCAGUCCUUCAAGAGCCUCAUCAUCCCCUGCUACGCCCUGGUGGUGCUGGUGGGGGUGUUCGGCAACUACCUGCUGCUCUACGUCAUCUGCCACACCCGCAAGAUGCACAACGUGACCAACUUCUUCAUCGGGAACCUGGCCUUCUCCGACAUGCUCAUCUGUGCCACCUGCGUGCCCUUCAACCUGGCGUACGCCUUCAACCCCCGCGGAUGGGUCUUUGGCCGCUUCAUGUGCUACCUGGUGUUCCUCAUCCAGCCAGUCACUGUCUACGUGUCUGUGUUCACUCUUACCGCUAUCGGCAUUGACAGAUACUACGCCACUGUCCACCCCCUCAAGAAGCGUCUGUCUGUGGUGUCCUGCACCUACUUGCUGCUGGGCAUCUGGCUGCUGUCCUGCGGCCUGGUGGCCCCGGCAGUGGCCCACACGUACCACGUGGAGUUCCGGGACGAGGGCUUCACCAUCUGCGAGGAGUUCUGGAUCGGGCAGCGGCGCCAGCGCCUGGCCUACGCCUACAGCAUGCUGUUCGUCACCUACGUGCUGCCGCUCUCCGCGCUCUGCGCCUCCUACCUGUGCAUCUCCGUGCGGCUGCGCAACUGCGUGGCGCCGGGCCACCGCACCCCGGGCCAGGCGGAGCACCAGCGCGCCCGCAAGCGCAAGACCUUCCGGCUGGUGGCGCUGGUGGUGGCGGCGUUCGCCGUCUGCUGGCUGCCCAUCAGCGUCUUCAAUGUGCUGCGCGACAUCAACAUCGGCCUGAUCGACAAGCGCUACUUCCUGCUCAUCCAGCUGCUGUGCCACCUGUGCGCCAUGGCCUCGUCCUGCUGCAACCCCUUCCUGUACGCCUGGCUGCACGACCGCUUCCGCGGCGAGCUGCGCAAGAUGUUCACGUGCCACCGGCGCAUCGGCAUCCCCUCGGCCAACCACUGCGCCACCGGAAGCGUGGUCCUGUGAUCGAGAGCGCGCUGGGAAUGAGAGUGUACGAGGCUGUGAGGUUGUGAUAUCGCUAUUAUGAAUGUGCCACUAACACUGUAGCAGUGAUGCUAAGCCCCCACUCAUAGACUGACAGAAGCCAUUCAGUCUUUCAAGGCUAAUGGCAUUAUGCUUUGGGAGGAGGAUUAAAAAUGAA